AUGAACAGCACCCAGUCCAGCCCUGUCGCCUUCUUCAUCAUCCAGGGCCUGGCCAGUCUGGGGGAGAAGAAGAUGGUCCUGUUUAUCAUCUUCCUGCUGGCCUACACCGUCAUCCUAGGUGGAAACAUCAUGAUCAUCUACCUGGUCCGGACCGACCCGAAGCUGGGCUCCCCCAUGUACUUCUUCCUCCACAACCUGUCUAUCGUGGACAUGAUUUACACAACGGUCACCAUCCCCAACAUGUUGUCAGGCUUCCUGACUGAGGUCAAGACUGUGUCCGUCCCCGGCUGCUUCCUCCAGAUGUACUGUUUCAUCCACAUGUCUGUUACCGGCCGCGCCCUGCUGACCGCUAUGGCCUACGACCGCUAUGUGGCCAUCUGUAAUCCUCUCCGCUAUGCCGCUGUGAUGACCCGCCCCGUCUGCCUGCUACUCAUCAUUGGGGCAUGGACCUUCGGUGCCAUCUGCACCUUCCCAAACACUAGCAUGGCAGUACAGCGUUCAUACUGUGGACCCAACGUGGUGCGCCACUGCUGGUGUGACCCGUCCUCAGUGAGGCUGCUGGUGUGUGGGGACACUCAGGUGGACAGCAUCGUGUCACUGUCUUUUGCCCUCAUAGCGCUGCUCACCACGGGUGUGCUCAUCCUCACUUCCUACAUACUCAUCGGUGUGAAGAUAGCUAAAAUGGGCGCCGCAGAGCGACUGAAGGCGUUUAGCACCUGUGCCGCCCACCUGACGGUUGUGUCCAUUUCUUACAGCUCUGCCUCAUUUGUCUAUAUCUCCUACCGUGUGGGAAACUUCUCUCCAGAGGUGCGUAUCAUCGUGUCGGUGCUGUACUCGGCUCUGACUCCUUUCCUGAACCCGAUGAUCUACAGCCUGAGGAACAAGGAGCUGAGAGUGGCCAUCAAGAGGGCCUUCUGCCGACACAGACGUCUCACCGCAGAGCCGCAAAACACUCAACACACUGUCCUGACAGCAAAACAUUCAAUUCAAGCUCCUUUAAAAUAGUUUAGUAUGGGCUACAAAGUGUGAUAAUUUUCAAAGAUUCCAAAAUUAUUCCAAUUAUUGUUUGUUGUUUGGAAAGCAGAACAGCUAAAUGUUUCAUUAUCAUGCACUUAUAAACGAAACCGAACAAUAUUUGUGUUUACCAUUUGGUUUAUUGUGUGGGUUGCACAACUGUAUACAUCUGAUUUAAUAGUUUUAAGUUUAUUGAUAAAAACGAAAUAACAACUGUAAAGUCCUGUUCAAUUGCAUUGUACAAACUACCAGAUACAGUACUAAAUGGUAUGUGAUUAUACUUGUUUUUAAUCAAUACCAAAGAAACAACAGUAAUUGUUAGGAGAUUAUUGUGUAAUUACAAUCUCGCAAUAUUAUUCCUAAAUAUCAGAGAAAUAGCACCCUGUCAAAUAAAGUGUACCAACAAAUUUUGGUUUUGUGCCUCUGCCUUCUCUGUAAGCGUCACAAAUUAAAAUAAAAC